AUGAGGGCAGCGGACGAGGAAUCAUCAAGCAACCGUAGGCCGUCAUCGUCUUCGGAAACAGAUGUCGAGUCACAACACAUCACUUACGCCGCAACCUCGGGGGACAUUCACCACGCAACCUCUCACGUUUCGGGCCACGAUGCCUUCGAACCGGACCAGACUGGUACUCCAGAUAGUCAGAUUCCGUACCACGAGGCGGGCGAUGAGGUAUACGACCGGCUAUCGCGGACGCGAAAGGCUGCUAUCGUAGCUGUGCUGUCGUUCGGGGCGUUUCUAUCGCCAAUAUCGAGCACGUCGGUGCUGGCGGCCACACCAGAGGUAGCCAAGGACUAUGACACCACCGGCAGUAUCAUCAACGUGAGCAAUGCCGCAUACAUGGUUGUCAUGGCACUGUCUCCUCUUGUUUGGGGACCAAUGAGCCAGGUGUUUGGAAGACGAGUUGUAUCUUUGGCUUCGUCUGUGAUGUUCUUUCUGCUGAGUCUCGCAACCGCACUGGCACCUAAUUUGGCCUCGUUCAUUGUCUUCCGAGCCGCUUCAGCCUUUGGUGGAACGGCCUUUAUUCUCAUUGGGCCUGCGUGUGUCGGUGACAUCUAUCGCCCAACAGAACGUGGAACAGCCAUGGGUUGGUUCUUGACCGGCACGCUGGUCGGGCCUGCAUUUGGCCCUUUCCUGGGUGGUAUCAUUGUGACAUAUUCGUCAUGGAGAACCAUCUUCUGGCUACAGACAGCGCUGGCUGGUGCUGGAGUUCUUGGAGUGUACUUUGUUGUACCGGAGACAGCCCAUCACUUGAAGAUUUACGACCUGGAGUCGUUCUCCCGAAAGGAAAAGACUUUUGCGAUCCUCAGCAUGAUCAGUCCUAUGAGAGUGCUGAGGCUGUUCAGGUACUUGAAUGUUGCGCUGGUAGCCGUGGGCAGCGCAUCCUUGACAUGGAACAUGUACAGUCUUCUGACCCCGAUCCGAUACGUCCUGAAUCCGCGGUUCAACUUGGAAUCACCGCUGUUGUCGGGCUUGUUCUAUCUGGCACCCGGAUUCGGAUACCUGCUGGGGACGUUUUUCGGUGGUCGUUGGGCUGACUACACCGUGAAGCAGUGGAUCAAGAAGCGAGGAGGCGUCCGGAUACCGGAGGACCGACUUCGGUCCACGCUGCCUUUCAUGGGCGUGAUUAUCCCUGGAAGCAUGCUGGUGUAUGGCUGGACCGUGGACCAAGAAGUUGGGGGCAUCCCUGUGCCUGUGAUUGCCAUGUUUGUGCAGGGUGUUGCGCAACUGUUCUGCUUCCCUUCCUACAACACGUACUGCAUCGACGUGAUGCCCGGGCAAGGGGCAGAGGUGGCGGCGACCAAUUUCUUCAUGAGAUACCUGAUCGGUUGCGUGGCGUCGGCUGUGGUCCUGCCAGCGGUCGAGGGGGUUGGCAUCGGGUGGUUUUCAACCAUCACGGCUGCGUACUUGGUUGCUUCAGCUCUGGCCACAAUGGCUGCGAUCCGAUGGGGGAAGGGAUGGCGAGAGAGCAUGCAGGCCAAGCUCGAGGGUCGAAGGGAGCAGAAAAAGGUCGAGGGAGGAGAGCACCAAGGCAAGGGCGUUGAGGCGGUGGAGGAAGAGCUAGGACUGGACAGCCAAGAAAAGGCCCGUCAAAUGAAGGAGACCGAGACAUUGGCUGCGAGGUAG